AUGCCUUCCGGUCUCAAGUCAGACGUCGCGUCCUCUCUCUCCAAGCUCUCAAUCGAUAGUGAGAAGAAGUCUACGCCCCCCUCUGCAAAGACGACCAAGGCCAAGACCAAGAAGCCAGUUGUGGACUCCUGGGAAGAUGAGGACCUUGACGACGAUGAGGAUGAAGAGGAAGUCAAAUCCCAAGAUGAUGGCUCAAAGGCCCCUCCUCCAACCCCAAUCUCUCCCACCUACAACUCGGCAUCUCAGUCUUUCCCUCCUUAUGGCAACACGGAUGCCACAGGUGCGACUAUUCCAAGUGGUGCCGGCAGCGCCGGCCCACGCCGGCCUGAAAAGACAGACGCUGUUGCUAGACGUAUGAUUGCCAGCGCCCUUGGCGUGAAGGUGCCGAAGCAGACGGAGGAGCAGAAGGCCUACGACAAAGCCAUUCGGGAGAAAGAGCGCAAGCGCAGGGAAGAAGAGAAGGCGGCGGAGAGGAAGAGGCAGGAGGAGACGGAGAGAGCGAAAGUGGCUAUUUGGGAGGAUUAG